CUUUAUAGCAACUGAUAGUGAAAAUAUAUUUUUCAUUAGUGUAUACAGUGACCAAAAAAUCUUUAUGCAUACCAUUUUCUAGGAUCUUGGAAAAUAUCUCUCUGACAAACUCUUUUCUCAACCCUGUUUUGAUCUAAAAGAACUUAUCAAGAACUGCUUUAAUUAAUGACUAUUAUCAAUGUAGAGAAUGUCUAGAACAUGGGAGAAAGAUUAAAAUUAGAAUAAAGGGAGCAUUUAAAAUUUCUUAUUAGCAUACAUAGCAACUUCAUGCCACUCUCUAUUUAUUUCUGAAUUUGAAAAAUUGCCAGAUGUAAAAUUUUAAUCCUAAAAUGUUCCAAAAGUCUUUGGUUUAAAAUAUUACUACACCUUGUAAUGGCCUGAGAAAUUAGUUUAUAAGUCAUCAUUUUAUAAUUCAGGAGAUAUUGCUUGAUGGUAAUGAGAUUUGAUGGAACAUUAGGAUUUCCGGGAGGAGAAAUUCCCGAGGGAGAGAAUAUUGUCGAUGGCUUAAUUCGAGAAUUGAAAGAAGAGAUUAAUUUUGACACGGAUAAAUAUCAGUUUUGCAAAGAAAAUUAUAUAUUCACUAUUGUAAAUCAUCAAGAAAAAUACUGUUUUCAUUUCUUUCGGUUGCGCAUGCUGCCUGAUGAAUAUUAUGAAAUGGAGAAGCGAGCUUUGUUAGCGGAGGACUAUGGAGAUGAAACUUACGGAAUAUUAAGGGUACCACUUUAUACAUUUAAUUCAAGCCGAGGAUUUCCAUCAUUUCUUCAAAAUAAUUUUAUUGAAAAUGCCAAAUUUCAAUUGCUUUACUUCUUAGGAAAAGAAAAGAUAUUACCUAUUGAUGAAUUAACUGAAGCUAUAAGAAAUGUUUAAUUUUAUAAAAAUAUU